AUGAACAACAAAAACGACAAAGAAGAAGUUGACAUCGUUGAUAAUGAUGAUGAUGAUGAUGAUGAUGGUGAUGGUAUCAAUGAUAUAUCCCAAGACUUAGUUAAAUGUCCUGCGUGUCAACGACGAAUGCGUCCAGAAGUUUUUUCCAAACAUCCAAAUGUUUGUCGUGAAAAUCCAACAAAAAAACGUGAUAUUCAUGUAUUUGAUAUGACACAAUAUCGUGCCAUCAGAUCAGGUGACAAAGUUAUACCAGUACGUAAAGUAUUACCUUUCAAUGCAAAUAAACCAAACAAUAAUAAUAAUAAUAAUAAUAGCAAUAUACGACCAUCUCAAACACGCAGUGCUAAACGUAAUCGUCGGCUGGAUGAUACAGUUGUACCACCUAUUAUCAAUAAUUUCUGUUGUCCAAAUUGCAAACGUACAUUUUGUGAAAAAGCUUAUGAUCGUCAUGUUGCAUUUUGUUCAAGUAAAUUAAAACAAUUACAACAACCACCAUCAGAAGAAAGACUUCUUGCUCAACUUAAACUUGAUAGACGAAUAAAAUUUGGUUCAAAUCGUACAUGUUCAACUCUUGCAAAUACAACACCUGCUAUACCUACACCUAUUCAACAACCUAUUUCUACUCCUAUAAACAAUAAACAAACAGUACAACAAAAAUUAUCGGUACCAAGUGAAAAAUUUUGUUUUUUAUCCAUGCGAAAAAAACCUUCAGAUUCCUUAGCACGUUGUCCAUGGUGUUCAAAACCUUAUAUGCCGAAUUGUAUACAUUAUUGUAGAAAUUCAAAAGAAUUAUUUUCAAUUCAUUCGAAAUAA